AUGGCGGACGCGUUCUCCCCGCCUUCGCCGCCGCCGGCACCGGCACCGGCACCAUCCCCUAUCGCCGCGGAGGACCUCGCGGACGCGCCGCUCGCGCCGUGGACGUUCUCCCCGUGGCCGGCGCCGCGCGGGGUCAACCAUGUCAGCGGCGGCGGUCGGGCGAAUCCGCUCUUCACCAUACUGCCAGUCUCGGCUCUGGCCAUCGGCCUCGUGCUGCUCGUCGCCGUGGGCGUCAUCCUGGCGGCGACCCGCCGGGCAAGGCCGCGCCAGGCGGACGCCGGCGGCAGCAGCUGCAACGGUGACGGCAAGCCGGGCGCACCGCCGUCCAGUUGCGGCAGCCAUAACACCAGGUGCGGCUACGCCGGCGCCGGCACAGGGUGCAUAUACGCCGGUCGUCUGGGGUUCUCGUCUGCGCAGCUGCCGCGGAGCCGUGGCGCGCAGGUGUUCACGUACCGGGAGCUGGAGCGCGCGACGGACGGGUUCAGCGAGUGCAACGUGGUGGGGCGGGGCGCCUACGGCGCGGUCUUCCGAGGCCGGCUCGCCGACGGCACCACCGCCGCCAUCAAGCGGCUGCGGCUGGACCACCGGCGGCAGGGCGAGCGCGAGUUCCGCAUCGAGGUGGACCUGCUGAGCCGGAUGGACUCGCCGUACCUGGUGGGGCUGCUGGGCUACUGCGCCGACCGGAGCCACCGGCUGCUGGUGUUCGAGUACAUGCCCAACGGCAGCCUCAAGAGCCACCUCCACCCGCCCCGGCCGCCGGCGCCCGCGGCUGCAGCCGAAGGCCUCCUCCAGCUGAGGCCCCCGCCGCCGCUGGACUGGCAGACGCGGCUGGGCAUCGCGCUGGACUGCGCGCGCGCGCUCGAGUUCCUGCACGAGCACAGCAGCCCCGCCGUGAUCCACCGCGACUUCAACUGCAGCAACGUCCUGCUGGACCACAACUACCGCGCCCGCGUCUCCGACUUCGGCAUGGCCAAGGUCGGCUCCAACAAGGCCGACGGGCAGGUCGUCACCCGCGUGCUCGGCACCACCGGCUACCUCGCGCCAGAGUACGCGUCGACGGGGAAGCUGACGACCAAGUCGGACGUGUACAGCUACGGGGUUGUGCUCCUGGAGCUGCUCACCGGCCGGGUACCCGUGGACACGCAGCGGCCGCCCGGAGAGCAUGUCCUGGUUUCCUGGGCCCUUCCGCGACUCACGAACCGCCAGAAACUGGUGCAGAUGGUUGACCCUGCCCUGAAAGGCCAGUUUGCCCUGAAGGAUCUGAUCCAGGUCGCCGCCAUCGCCGCGGUGUGCGUCCAGACGAAGGCGGAGUACCGGCCGCUGAUGACGGACGUGGUGCAGUCGCUGAUCCCCAUCGCCAAGACCACCCCGGCCAUGUCCUGCUCCUCCACGCCGCUCAGACCGGCCUUGCAGCACGUCAUCUUCAUGGGCCCGCAGUGCGGCGGCAACAAGACCUCCUCCUAG